CUUCAGAUACCACCCAUGCCAAAUAUGAUAAUCAUAAAAUUAAAAUUUUGGUCUUAAAAAAAAAUCAUCACCGAGCAAAAUAAAAAAUACAUAUAAACUCUGAACUCUCACCAUUGAAGGACACUCCUCCCCGGAACGCAUUAGCUUUGAGCCUGUUCCGCGUCGGAAUGAGGGACACAUAGAAUCUAAACAGCCACGUAGAACCAAGAGGGAGGACGUAAUCUAAGAAAACACUGAUGAAAUCUGGGCAAUAUUCAGUUUCCAUCCAUGAGGACUUUCUGCCACCAAAGCUGUUCUGAAAGGAUGUUUGUGAAGAAGUGAAUCCCUCCUCAGGCCCCAUCUCUUUUCCAUGGGCUCUCCUGUGGCAUCGCCUCAAUCUAUACAAAAAUGGAAAACGGCAAAGCAGAAAUAUCCACCAUGGAAAGCAGCCAUCAGAUGAGUUCCAUGCAACAACCCAAAGACAGCAGUUCUGAUCCUGUUGGAAGUCUGACUGAAUUGAAUCCAAAAGCAGUGGAGGACACGUCUAAUGGUCCUGUGAAAGCAGACAAGGUGCCAAAUGGAGAAGGACUGGUGGAGGGCCCGGGAGCUGAAGGGGACCGGCAGCCAAACGGCCCCCUGCUUCCAUCACCCCCUCCCCAGACCAAAGAGCCGUCUCCAGGUGUGCCCGCUUUCCGUGACAGCCUAGAGAAGUCUGAGGGAGCUAUUGCUGAGGGCUCUGUUCACAAGGGUGACGCAUUGCUGUCGCUCAGAAUAAGUAUACCUAUGCAGGAGACGGAAUUGUCUUCACUAGAGCCAUCCCUUGAGAUGGAGAACGAGGAAAAGAUCAGACGAGACGCCCGGCGACGUUUGGAGGAACAGCUCAAGCAGUACAGGGUACAGAGGCAUAAGGAGAGGACACAUCGCUCCACUCCAAAAAAUCGCCUGGUCAGCACUCUGGACCCCGAGCUGAUGCUUCACCCCGAGGGUCUACCAAGGGCUAGCACAGUCUCCAUGACCACGGAGUACUCCUUCCUUAGGACCAGCGUUCCCCGGGGCCCCAAAGUGGGUAGCCUGGGGUACCCGCCGGCCAAAGUGCGCAAGUCCAAGUCGUCCCACACCAGCAAGAUCCACUCCUUGGCCGACUACAAGACCCCCGAGGUGGCGUGUGGCAGCGGUGGUGGCAGCAGUGGUGGCAGCAUGGAGGUGGCCACUGCCGACUCCUCCUUCAGCUCGACGCAUUCCACUGUCACCUCCGUCUCCACCGUUUCGGAGGUCAGUUUCUCCUCAGGGACGGCGGAGAGCCAGCUUGAGUCGCCCACAGCGAUCCGGGACAACCUGUCGGAGAUGGACGGGAGCGAGUCUGGCACGAGGCACGACGGGAACGACAGCGACAGCUCGUCCUACAGCAGUGUGUCCACCACGGGCACCUUCAGCAUGCUGGCAGCGGUGGUGGGGCGGCAGAAGGCCCCGUACACGGUGGAGGGCCGAGAGAUUGCCCCGGAGGCCGUGGGCCAGUUCCCCUCCCUGCAGGAGGUGCUGCAGGCGGCCACCCAGGAGCAGAUGCUGGGGGAGCUGGAGCAGGAGCAGGAUGGGAGCAUUGAGCCCCGAAGCAGAAGGGACAGCUUCUCCAGCAGUGUAUCCUUAGGGAGCUCAGUCAUGGGAGCACAUGAUGAAAUGCUGCAAGUCCUGAAAGAGAAAAUGAGACUAGAAGGGCAACUAGAGUCUCUGUCAUCUGAGGCCAAUCAGGCACUGAAAGAGAAGACUGAGCUCCAGGCCCAGUUGGCCACAGUCAACGCACAGCUGCAUGCCCAGGUGGAGCAGACUCAGACCAGUCAGGAGAAGCAGAGCUCCCUGGGGGUGGAGGUGAACUCUCUCCGUCAGAACUGCACCCAGCUGGAGCGUGCCAUGGUGGAGCUGCAGGGCAACCUGGAGAGCAAGAAUGCCAGCCUGACGUCCCUGGGCACCGACCUGCAGGUGGCCGAGGAGCAGUACCAAAGGCUCAUGGGGAAAGUGGAGGAGAUGCAGCAGGAACUACUUACUAAGGACAACACUGUUGAGGACUUGCGGCAGCAGAUGGGAGGUCUUCAGAACCAGUUCCAGCAGGUCCAACUGGAGCGCAACGCGCUGCAGAGCAAGCUCAAGACCUCGCAGGCCGAGAUCGACUCCCUGCAGCAGCUCAGGCAGUGGUACCACCAGCAGCUGGCGCUGGCCCAGGAGGCCCGAGUCCGCCUGCAAGGAGAAAUGGCAAACAUGCAGGCUGGACAAAUGACCCAGAUCGGUGUCCUGGAGAACCUAAAGCUGGAUAAUGUGACGUUGUCUCACCAGCUCCAGGAGACCAACCAUCGCUCCAUCAAGGAAAAGGAGCGCAUUGCUGUACAGCUCCAGAGCAUUGAGGUGGACAUGCUGUCUCAAGAGGCUGCCAUCCAGCAGAUACAGGAUGCCAAGUCCAUGGUGGAGGAGGAUCUCCAGCACAAACUGGAGGAGUUUGAAUCAGAGCGUGAGCAUUUGGUGAAAUUAGCCGACACUGCGACUGCUCUAGAAAGGGACCUAGAACAGGUGAAAAUGACCUUGACCUACAAGGAUGCACAGCUGGAAACUCUCCAGCAGGAGCAUUUGGAAUUGAUGAGGCAGCUGACCAGCACUCAGGAGAGCCUUCAUAAUAAAGAGCAGUCCCUCAACCAGCUGGAGGCUCGCUACCUGGAGCUGGAGGCACAACUGGCCGAGCUGCAGACGGACUCCACCGCCAAGGAGGACACUAUCCAGUUCCUGCAGAAUGAGAAGAUAGUGCUGGAGGUGGCCCUUCAGGCAGCUCGAGCGGACAAGAGUCAGAUUGACGAGGGGGCGGAGAAACUCGGGGAGGAAGUGCUGGUGGCAGCAGAUGUUCUGGACCAGCUUAAGCAAGAGGUUCAGGUGAAAGCCACACAGAUCGAGACGUUACAACAGGAAAACGGCACCUUAAAGAAACAUGCCCAGAAACUCAAAGAACAGUUUUCACAACAAAAGGUAAUGGUAGAGGCCUACCGCCGAGACGCCAGCUCCAAAGAACAGCUGAUCAGCGAGCUGAAGACAUCAAAGAAGCGUCUGGUGGCCGAGGUGAAGGACCUGAGGCAAGAGCUCCUGAAGGCACAGGGGGAGAAGCAGAGUGCCGAGCAGGAGCAGACCCGGCUGCAGACGGAGAUGGAGCGAGUCCAGCAGCAGAUGACCGGUCUGGAAGCCCACCUCCAGUCUGUCCAGGAUGAAAGAGACCAGCUCGACUUGCAGCUACAGAAUCUGCAGUUUGAUCAGAGUCAGCUAGUUGCUGUGACAGAGGAGAGGGAGGAGCUGAAGAAACAGGUUGAGAAAAUGCAGGAAGAAGCCAAAAAGGCAAUCUCGGAGCAAAAAGUGAAAAUGAAGCGGCUGGGGACAGAUUUGACCAGUGCGCAGAAGGACAUGAAGGCCAAGCACAAGGCCUACGAGAACGCUGUGGGCAUCCUCAGCCGCAGGCUCCAGGAGGCCCUCGGAGACAAGGAGGCAGUCGAGGCUGAGCUGGUCAAACUCAAAGCUCAGAUCACAGAAGGGGGCAAUAACCAGGCAAUGCAGGAAAAGAUGGAGAAUCUAAAAACCGAGCUCAAGACUGUCGCUCAUAGCAAAGCCAUGCUGGAGAAAGAGCUGCAUGAGGUCAUCUCUCUCACCAGCACAGAACUGGAGGAGUACCAGGAGAAAGUUAUGGAACUGGAGGAUGAGCUUCAGGAGGCUCGGUGCUUCAAGAAGCGAAUCCGGCGGCUAGAGGAUGCCAACAAGAAGCUGGCUCUCGAGCUGGAGCAUGAAAAAGGGAAAUUGACAGGACUGGGCAAGUCCCAUAAUGCUCUGAAAGAGCACACCAACAUCUUGGAGAUGGCGCUGGCCAAGAGGGAAGCAGACCUGGUCCAGCUCAAUCUUCAGGUUCAAGCUGUCCUGAAGCGAAAAGAGGAGGAGGACGAACAGAUGAGGCAGCUAGUACAAACUCUACAGACGGCGCUUGAAAAAGAGAAGAUCAGAGUGAAAACCCUGACUGAGCAAGUGGCCGAAGCCAAGAUGGAGGCUGCCCACAACCGAAGGCACUACAGGGCUGCCAUGUUGGAGCUCGCUGAGAUCAAAAAGGCCCUGCAGUCCAAAGAGGAGGCUAUCAAAACCUUACAGAAAGAGGCCUGUAAGCUCAGGACUCAGGAUGAGGAGCACGCUCAGGAGGUCUCCGGGUUCCAGGAGGAGCUGGCAGAGGCCAACGUUCAGCUCCAGAUCCUGCAGCAGCAGCUGGACGAGCACCUCAGCAAACAGCCUCUCUCCAACCAGGAGGUGGAGGAUCUGAAAUGGGAGGUUGAACAGAGACAGCGGGAGAUCGAGACCCAGAAACAGCAGCUAGAGAUGACGGAACAGUGCAACCAGAGAGAGAUGGACAGCCUCCAGGAAACACUGCAGAGGAUUAAAGUGGAGUUGGAGAUGGUGCAGGAGGAGCUGAGCGGCACCCGGAAAGACAAGUUCAUGCUGCAGGCUAAAGUGGUUGAGCUGCGGAACAGCAUGAAGACUGUCCUGCAGCAGAACCAGCAGCUCAAGCAAGACCUCAAACAGACGCGCCUGAGAAAGCAGCGGAUGGACCUGAAGGCGGACUCCAACCCGGUGACCCCUGUGAAGAUCCCUGACUGCCCUGUGCCUGCCUCCCUGCUGGACGAGCUGCUGAAGCCCUCUGCCUCCAUCAGCAGGGAGCCCCUCAAUAACCUGCACAACUGCUUGCGCCAGCUCAAGGAGGAGAUGGACAGUCUUCAGAAACAGAUGGAGGAACACACAGUCACUGUACACGAGUCCAUGACAUCAUGGGCAAACACCGAAGAGGAGCUCACUAGACUGGGUGUCCAUGACAACGGACCUAUCGCUGUCACUGAGGAGGAGGGGAAUGGCGAUGCAGAGAGGGAGGCCCCACUAUCGUAAUAUGCAAGAGAUCUGCAAAAAACACUGUGCGAAAGAUUUCAGUUUUAUUUACGUUUUAAAAGCGACAAAAAAAAUCCCCCAUGUUGUUUUGUAUUUUACUUUCCUAUCAACUGCCAACAUUUGGCAGCGUCCCCUUAUUACUGACAGUUCUUGGGUGAAAUCCUGUUUUAUACCCUAGCUUUACUGUGUCAGAAUAUCUAUCUGAUUGGUAUCUUUUUGUCAUUAUUUAUUUAUAAUUUUGAAAAACUUUAUCAGAUUAUAUUAAGUGCACAGAGUAUGGGAUGUACUCUGAAGUGUGUCUAGGGCUUAAUUAUUAGCUGUGUAAAUUACUUUUUUUCUUUUGGUCAGAGUAUGAUUCUGCUCAUCAUGAUGAAAGACUUGUGGGGGGGAUACAUGCAGGAGUAUGAUGGUAUUAUUAACUGUUGCCGAGGGUCCCGGGCCCUGCAGCGGAUGAACUGAUCUUCCAUUCCUCUGUGCCUGUGAAUGAGCAUGCCCACUCAUUCAGUUUCCUGCUCAGCUGAAAUCGGUGUGCCUGGCGGUCUUCAACUGCACUGGUCACAGCCUCUGCCAUAACUCAGUCUUUUGUGCUACAGUUUGUGCAGAUUCACUGUUGUCAUAGCUCUGAACCUUCCAGUUGGUUUGUUUGGUUGAAGGUCAACAGGGUGCAGCUCUUUGACCACUUACACUAGUAAACAGUUAAAUUUCACACUCUCUCAAAACGUUGGUUGAAGAAUCUCACUGUUAAGAUACAGCAUUUGUUAAGGUCUUUUGUACAAGGUUGUGGUGGUGUUGGAUGCUGAAUGGAAGUGUGUUAAGGUGUACUCUUUGGGUUGAACUGAAAUGGGGAAAUUUUUCAAAGCUGUUAACUUUUCUGUUAAAUGAAUAUAAUUAAUGUUUCUAUUGAAAUGGUGUUUUGGGAGAUGUAUUAUAUGAUUGAUAAAUGACUGCUGUCAAGAUCUAACCUAAUGGACUUGGAUGUAAAAAAAAGUGUGAGAAAUGUACUGAUGUUGUACCAUUAGAAAGCAAACUUAAAUGACUUUCAGGGAGAGAAAGUUGUAAUAUGCGUUAUGCUUAAUGUUACUACUUAUUUCUGAGUGAUUUUUACUCGGGUAUAUUUUUUCUUGUUCUUUGUUGUUACCAUGGUUAAAUUUAAGAAAGUUUUGCACAUCUAGGCUUUGUUAGGCUGUUCAGUUUCUGUUUAUUUACUGUUAUCAGCCUUAUUGGAAGCAUUUUCAUUUGUCCGACAAGUACAGACACCCCGUGAUAUCUGCUGUAUGCAACAUCCAAAAGUUAUUUACCUGAGUGAUUAAAUGUAAUUUGAGUGA